AUGGCAGAACCGCCACGGCACCGCACCUCGCCGCCGGCGCUCCCGCACGAGCUCGUCGAGGAGAUCCUCCUCCGCCUCCCACACGACGACCCAGCCUGCCUCCUCCGCGCCUCCUUCGCCUGCAAGGCCUGGGGCCGCGCCGUCUCCCAGCCCGACUUCCGCGGCCGCUUCAUCAAGGAGCACCAGCAUCGGCCACUGCCCUUGAUCGGCUUCCUCCACAACUGGGAGGACGAGCGCGUCCCCCGCUUCUUCUCCACCAUCGCCUCGCCCUUCUCCCUCCCCGCCCCGGACCGCGCCUCCUGGCUCGCCCUCGACUGCCGCCACGGCCGCGCCCUCUUCCUCUCCGAGUCCGAGGGAUCUGGUGCUCAGCAACUCCUUGUGUGGGAUCUAAACACGGGCGUCCAGCGGCGCAUACCAGUGCCCCCGCUGCACAGCAGCUACGUGUACAGGACCGCGGCCGUGCUCUGCCCAGCGGACGGGUGCGACCACCGCGACUGCAACGGGGGUCCCUUCCGCGUGGUCUUCGUCUUCACCAUGGUCCGGUGUGUGCUGAUGUGGCCCGGUGUCACGUCGGUGUGCGUCUACUCGUCAGAGACUGGCACGUGGUCCGGUGAACUGGGCAAGAUUAGUCACCAGUUCCACGCGUUGACGUUUACAUGUCAUUCCAGCCUGCUCCUUGGGAGGUCUCUGCUCUACUUCAUGUCCGACGGUGGGUUCAUCCUAGAGUAUGACUUGGCCAGCAACGUCCUGACUGGCUUCGAGACGCCAUACAACAGCAACAAGCAGAUAUUUAACCUUAUGGUGGCGGAGGAUGGUGGAAUAGGAGUUAGCGAAGGCUUCAGUUCCCAUCUCAAACUGUGGUCAAGGGAGGAGAGUGAUGCACAGUGGGUACUUAGCCGGGUCAUCCACCUGCAAAAUUCGCUCCCACCUGCUGCUCUCGUGGAUGCAGAGGCUGAACUGAUGGUAUUGGGAUUUGCCGAGGGAGUGAAUGUCAUUUUCGUUAACACGGUGGCUGGCCUCUUCACAAUCGAGCUACAGUCGGAGCGGGUGAAGAAGGUGUGCGAUGAUCAUGGCUUCUGUAAUUUGAUUCCAGUUGUCAGCUUCUACACUCCCGUGGACCGUCUCGAAUACCAGGACCUGCUGCCGUCGAUCCCUAGUGAGAAUGUAGGUGAUGAGGAGGGGGGAGAGGAGGAGAAAACAGUAGACGAGGCACAGCAGCUACUUGACAAGGGGUCCAAUACUAUCAAGGAGGGUGGCUUUGUCGACGCCGUUGAACGUGUCAGCCAUGACCUCAAUGCCAGGGUUGGGGGUCAUGGAGAAGUUGCUCCAGGGUGUGCUAGCACGUUUGACAAAUAUGAAUGCGCAUACAUAGCUCAAGAGGUGAAUGAUUCUUUGGAUGAUGUUUCCAGGAGUGUAUCAAAUGAAGAAUCGGUGAAGGGCACAUCCAGCAAAGAUGAUGCUGAGGACUCAAAGACCUCUGGUAGCAAUGGUGAGGAUGCUGCUCCAUCUUCGGAGAAAGGUGAUUCUCAAGAAGGUACUGUAUUAUCAUUGUCCCUUUCUUUGGACCAGCAGUGCUGCCAGGGCUGCACAACUGCGUGGUGA